UUAUUUCUUUUUGUGCUCACGUUUCUUUAGGAACCUGAUUCUGGAUUGGCCAGAGUGGGAAGCUCUCGAUCAGGUAACCAAUGGCUGGACUCUGCCAGCCCGAAUCCAAGAUGGCGGUGCUGAGGGCUGGCAAAGGGGUCCCUGGAAGGAGGAGGUGAAGCGGCCUCGGCCGGAGGCUUUGGGCCCCACCGCUCCGGCUCGUUCCCUCGCUCCCUGAGCCGGCGGGGUGUUUGGCCUCUGCCCCAGCCAUGGCUGCUGAAAGCAGCAAGCAGUUUUGGAAGCGGAGCGCGAAGCUGCCGGGCAGCAUUCAACCUGUCUAUGGAGCUCAACAUCCUCCACUGGAUCCCCGGCUUACUAAAAAGGAGUGCCACACCCACCCAUUUCAGGAGGUGGAGGAGGGGUCUUUGCAAUCUGCCAGUGAAGCCCUGUUCCAGCUUCAUCAAGGAACGUUCCAAGAUCAAUGCACUGCCCAUGAAGAAUAAGAAGGCCAGCAGUUUUCAUGAGUUUGCCCGUGACACCAGUGAUGCCUGGGACAUUGGGGAUGAUGAAGAUGAGGACUUCUCAUCUUUCCAGACUUUGAACUCUAAGGUGGCCAAGGCCACAGCAGCACAGGUGCUGGAGAACCACAGCAGGCUGCGUGUGAAACCUGAGUGGCCCCAGGCAGCUCUGAGUGAAGCACCAACCAAUUGUAAGGUCAUCAAGUCCAAUAGUGAGGCCCAGCUGUCCAGAGCACCUGAGGAUGCCUGUGUGCGCAACCCUCUCCACAAACAACAAUCCCUUCCACUCCGACCCAUCAUUCCGCUUGUUGCUCGCAUCUCUGACCAAAAUGCUUCAGGGGCUCCUCCCAUGACGGUGCGUGAGAAAACUCGCUUGGAAAAAUUCCGGCAGCUUCUGUCUAGCCACAACACAGAUCUAGAUGAAUUGAGGAAAUGCAGCUGGCCUGGGGUCCCCAGAGAGGUCCGGCCUGUGACGUGGCGACUUCUAUCAGGUUAUCUCCCUGCCAACAUGGAGCGGAGGAAGCUGACUUUGCAACGCAAACGAGAGGAGUAUUUUGGUUUCAUUGAGCAGUAUUAUGACUCCAGAAAUGAGGAGCACCAUCAGGAUACAUACCGGCAGAUCCAUAUAGACAUUCCACGGACGAACCCCCUCAUCCCUCUGUUCCAGCAGCCGCUAGUACAGGAGAUCUUUGAACGAAUCCUGUUUAUUUGGGCCAUCCGACACCCAGCCAGCGGCUACGUGCAAGGGAUUAAUGACCUGGUCACUCCAUUUUUUGUCGUGUUCCUCUCUGAAUAUGUUGAAGAGGAUGUGGAGAACUUUGACGUAACAAACCUGUCUCAGGAUGUGAUGCGGAGCAUUGAAGCAGACAGCUUUUGGUGUAUGAGCAAACUGCUAGAUGGGAUCCAGGACAAUUACACGUUUGCACAGCCAGGGAUCCAAAAGAAAGUCAAAGCACUGGAGGAACUUGUCAGUCGUAUUGAUGAGCAGGUACACAAUCACUUUAGGACGUAUGAAGUGGAAUACCUGCAGUUUGCCUUCCGCUGGAUGAACAAUUUACUGAUGAGGGAGCUUCCUCUUCGCUGCACCAUUCGCCUUUGGGACACUUAUCAGUCUGAGCCAGAGGGAUUCUCUCAUUUCCACCUAUAUGUCUGUGCUGCAUUCUUGAUUAAGUGGCGAAAAGAGAUCUUGGAUGAAGAGGACUUUCAGGGCCUUCUAAUGUUGCUGCAAAACCUGCCCACGAUACACUGGGGCAAUGAAGAGAUUGGACUCCUCCUUGCUGAAGCCUACAGACUCAAGUACAUGUUUGCAGAUGCCCCCAAUCACUACCGCCGAUAGGGGCCAAGUUUCUGCCUCUGCUGCCUGUCAUGCUGGCCCAAUCCCAAUCACUGUGGCGAUGCAUCACCCGAGUCCUCGGAGCGACUGCCCAGGAGCCACUCUGCUGUAAAAAGCUCACAUCGGACUUCUGUCUUAACUUUUGCGUGUGCCUGCCUACUGCUCCGUGUGUGGAUGUGCCACUCAAACAACCAUUCGCAUCCUGUGCUGUGAUGGUGACCUGAGCUGGGGGCGGGGCAGGGGCUGUAAGAAUAAACUGAGCCUCUGAAUGCCUUCCAAGCUUCAGUGUGGGCCACCUAAGCCUUGCAGCCUCUUGUUAACCUGCCUGAGCACAGACACACUCAUGCACUCCCAGCUGGGCCUAUAUUUCUUUUGUUCUCCAGAUGCUGUUCAAUCAAACACCCCAAUGAAGAUGCCUUACAAAGAGUCCUGCCCAGGGGAUGGUAGUGCCGUUGGACACAAGAAGCUCUCAGGGCUUAGCUUCACUCCAUGUGUCUGAAGAAAUGCAGCAUUUCAAAGGUUAACCAGACGCAUCCCCCACUCUUGUGCAGCAUGUCUCUCUGCGCAGAGUGAUGCAUACGUGUUCAGAGGCUGUCUUGUCCACGCACCAUUUGGAAUGACACAAGUGAACAAGAUAGGACUCCUUUGAUGGAUUGAUUGGAUUGAUUGAGCUACAGUGUGCAUUGAAUUGGAGAGCGUAGGGGUGGGGAGCUGUUUUUUUUUAAAAAAAUACUCCUUUCCUUGACAAUGACACUCCUCCAAGGCAUUAUGUGUAUAUUGUGUUCUUGUGUAUAUUGGUAAAAGAUGUACAAUAUAAGUCUUCUGUUUGUAGCAGAUAUGAUUUUAUAUUUAUAAUGUGUCCCAAGCGUGUAAAGGCUGCUUAGGUUACAAAUAACAGUGGGCCUCCUGCCUCCCCUGGUCAUCAGGGUUUCAAAGCUGUCAGCGCAUCCCCACUAGCACAUCCCCCCCCCCAGAUAUGCACAUUUUCAUUUCUGUCUGGAAAACCUGACUCCAAAGUGAAGUGGCAUUGCAUGACCUCUGGUGCCAAGGAGGUUAAGGGUUUGAAGAGGGAGGCACUUGUUGCUGGAACGGACACAUUGGACUUGGCAGGAGUUGUCCUGAAGGGUGCCUGCCCUGUCUAUCAGCCCUCCAGCAUGCCCUUUGAAAGAGCACUGCAGUCCUCUGCCUUCCUCAAGCAGUGCAGCAGUGGCUGGGACUAUUGUGUGUUGCUGUAGUAAGUCUCCCUAGACAGGCAGUGGGCCCUACUUGUAUCUCCUGGCUUUCUUCCUCCCAGCCCGAAUUAGAACCUCUAGUCCUUUGUUAGGACAGUGGGAAAGCGGGGGGGGGGGAGAGCAUCUUGCUUCAAAGCUUCUGAAGAGACAGGAGGAGGUGAGUUCUAUCCCAAGCUCCCUUCCUCCCUCCCCCCCCCAUUGUAUCAAUGUGAUUUUCAGUGGAUAAUGUUUUUAAUUGAAGAGUUUAUUCCAGCCAGCAGGCGCAGUCUCAUUAGUGCCAAGCCUUGACCUCUCAGGGCAGAUUGUUCCCUUGGGCCAAGUCCCUCAGCCUUCGUUGGGCUGACCUUGCUACGCAUCUCAUCAGGCUUCAGACUGCACCCACCUUUUGUUUUUUCCUCUUGGGGCCGAAAAAGAAAAGGGGUUCAGUGGGUCCCCCCCCCUCCAGUGAUAGUAUCAGGGGAGAUUGGAGGCACAAGAAGGCGAGGGCCUUUCUGCUGUUCAAACACUAAGCAGCCUCUCUCGAGUUGCUUUGCUAACCUGGAGUUGUUUUCUCAGGCAUUCUGACUUGAUUUUCUUUUGUGUGUGUGUGCCUUUUGUUGUUUCCUCCUGAGACAGCGACCUGGUGGGUCAUUUAGUUUAACAUGACUAAUUAAAAAG